UUUAAUGUGCGUGCCUGUGUUUGCUUUCUCCGACUUGCUUUGAUUCCAGCGAUCAGCUGCAGGGAGAGAAAAAAAGAGAGAAAGAAAGAAAAACCCCACAUAUAACAGUCCGCCUGGCGAUUUUACCACUUUUAAAAAUUUUUGAAUAAAGGAGGAAGAUUUGCGCUGUUGUUUCUGAUUCAUGUUUGGGAUUCAGGAAAGCAUCCAGCGGAGUGGGAGCAGCAUGAAGGAAGAGCCCCUCGGCGCGGGGAUGAACGCGGUGCGGACGUGGAUGCAGGGAGCCGGCGUCCUGGACGCCAGCACGGCCGCUCAGAGCGGAGUGGGUCUGGCCCGGGCUCACUUCGAGAAGCAGCCGCCUUCCAACCUGAGGAAGUCCAACUUUUUCCACUUCGUCCUGGCUCUGUACGACCGGCAGGGGCAGCCCGUGGAGAUCGAGCGCACCGCCUUCGUGGGCUUCGUGGAGAAGGAGAAGGAAGCCAACAGCGAAAAGACCAACAACGGGAUCCACUACCGCCUGCAGCUGCUCUACAGCAAUGGGAUCAGGACGGAGCAGGAUUUCUACGUGCGCCUCAUCGACUCCAUGACCAAGCAGGCAAUAGUAUAUGAAGGCCAAGACAAGAACCCAGAAAUGUGCCGAGUUCUGCUCACGCAUGAAAUAAUGUGCAGCCGCUGUUGUGACAAGAAAAGCUGUGGCAACAGAAAUGAGACUCCAUCAGAUCCAGUGAUAAUUGACAGGUUCUUCUUGAAAUUUUUCCUCAAAUGUAACCAAAAUUGCCUAAAAAAUGCAGGAAACCCUCGAGACAUGCGUCGAUUCCAGGUCGUGGUGUCUACAACAGUCAAUGUUGAUGGCCAUGUGCUGGCAGUGUCAGACAAUAUGUUUGUGCACAACAAUUCCAAGCACGGGCGGAGAGCUCGAAGACUUGAUCCCUCGGAAGCUACACCAUGUAUCAAAGCCAUCAGUCCAAGUGAAGGAUGGACUACAGGAGGUGCCACUGUCAUCAUCAUAGGAGACAAUUUCUUUGAUGGGUUACAGGUCAUAUUCGGCACCAUGCUGGUUUGGAGUGAGCUGAUUACUCCACAUGCCAUCCGUGUACAGACGCCUCCCCGACAUAUCCCAGGGGUUGUAGAAGUCACAUUGUCCUACAAGUCUAAGCAGUUUUGCAAGGGAACGCCUGGAAGAUUCAUUUACACAGCUCUGAACGAACCCACCAUUGACUAUGGUUUCCAAAGGUUACAGAAGGUUAUCCCCCGGCACCCUGGUGACCCCGAACGCUUGCCAAAGGAAGUAAUACUUAAGAGGGCUGCUGAUUUAGUAGAAGCACUCUAUGGUAUGCCACAUAAUAACCAGGAAAUAAUCCUGAAAAGAGCUGCAGACAUCGCUGAAGCGCUCUACAGCGUCCCCCGCAACCACAACCAGCUCCCCGCCCUCGCCAACACCUCCGUCCACGCGGGAAUGAUGGGAGUGAAUUCCUUCAGUGGCCAGCUCGCUGUCAAUGUCUCCGAAGCCUCCCAAGCCACCAACCAGGGUUUCACUCGCAACUCCAGCAGUGUGUCACCUCAUGGCUACGUGCCAAGCACCACCCCGCAGCAGACAAACUACAACUCUGUCACAACAAGCAUGAAUGGCUAUGGGAACGCUGGAAUGUCAAAUUUAGGCGGUUCUCCAACCUUCCUGAAUGGAUCUGCUGCCAAUUCUCCCUAUGCCAUUGUGCCAUCAAGUCCAACAAUGGCCUCCUCCACUAGCCUCCCCUCCAACUGUAGCAGCUCCUCUGGGAUUUUCUCCUUCUCACCAGCCAACAUGGUCUCAGCGGUGAAACAGAAGAGUGCGUUUGCGCCUGUCGUGAGACCCCAAACCUCCCCCCCUCCCACCUGCACCAGCACCAAUGGCAAUAGCCUGCAAGACCAGUCUUUUGUGGACUCUAGCAAGUACUCCACUGCAGGGUCUCUCCAGGGGCUGGCCUUCUCCUGAACUAUAUCUGGCAUGAUUGUUCCCCCCAUGUGAAAGAAUUGCCUUGAAGAAUUUUAUUAAUGAAGAGGUUGAAUUCUGCUUCAGAGAGAAUCUGAUACAAGUCCCAGAGUGGAACUUUUUACUCAGGCCUUUUUAAAAAUAAAAAAGAAAUAAAGAAGGAUCUUACAAUAACUGCAGAUUUUUAAACGAAAGAAAAAUCACCAUCCUUGCAAAUACUGAAAUUAACAAUCCACAAUUGCAAGGUGUUGAUUCAAGUUGUCCAUCCCAAAUACCUGGGAGAUAUAUUUAUUGUAUGUUGAUAAAAA